AUGUCGUCUGAUUUUAUUGAAACUGCAGUGACGCCAACUAGUUUUGUAGCUUAUUCGAUUGUUGGCAUAGCAUGUCUAUCGUUUAUAUACGGUAUCCUUGGCAGUGUAUUAAGUUUCUUGCAAUAUAUUCGUGUUGGUCACAAACGAUUUUUCGAUCGAAUAGAUCGACCAACACCGCCAACAAAAGCAUUAGAUCCAAUUUAUGGAACUCAUGAAAUGAUCAAAUUAAAAUCUUCGGGUGUAUCCCUUCAUUAUGUAUCAAAAGGCGUACCAAACCAACCAAUGAUUUUAUUUAUUCAUGGCUUUCCUGAAUGUUGGUAUACAUGGCGAUAUCAAAUGAAAUAUUUUUCAAAGGAUUAUCGUGUUGUUGCUAUUGAUCAACGUGGCUACGGUGUUAGUUCGAAAGUACCUUUUGUUUUUGAUUAUCGAGUUGAAGCAUUAGCUGGCGAUGUGGCCGAUGUUAUUGAACAACUUGGCUAUGAAUCGUGUAUUUUGGUUGGUCAUGAUUCAGGUGGCUUUGUUGCAUGGACAACUGCUCUACUUUAUCCUCAUUUGGUCGAGAAAUUGAUUAUCAUGAAUUCUCCACACCCGGUUGCUUUUCGCCAUGACUUCUCAUUGAGUCAAGUACAUCGAUCAUGGUACAUGUUCUUCAGUCAAACACCAUUGGUACCGGAAAUUUUAUUUCAAGCAGAUGACUUUUCUGUUUUUAAAAAAGCUUAUCAUGGAAAAGGAUCUGGACUAGUUAAUAGAAACAAUGUAACAGAUGAGGAUAUUGACGUUUAUAAAUAUACAUUCUCUCAACCAGGAACAACAAAGGCUGCAAUUAAUUAUUUUCGUGCUUUAUUUCGUUAUCAAAGUGAUUUUUCACGAGCUGAAGUUACCGCACCCGUCUUACUUUUAUGGGGCUGUCAAGAUCCAACAUUAUGUGAAGAACUUGCUGAUGCAAGUCUCAAAUAUUGUUCGGAUUUGCGAGUAAAAAAAAUUAGUACUUCUUCGCGUUGGAUCAAUCAAGAUAUACCUGAUGCUGUUAACAAAUAUAUGGAAGUUUUUCUUAAUGAAAAUACUCCUAUGGAGCAUGCAUAUGAUUUUUAA